AUGGUCAUUACCCGCCCACAACUCGUUGAUGUCGAAGAGAACAGCUGGGAAAACAAUGCGUCGCCUGUGCCCACAUCAUCAUUCAACUCCAAUUGCAAUUCCGACCCAAACUCUACCCAACAUGCGAGCCAGGCUCGUGUGUUGUGCCAGCUUCAACGAGCAGAAGCGUGGCUAGAUGAAAAAAUGGGAAUCGAGACUCAAGGAAUCGAUCGCAUUCUCGAGGAGAAUAAACAGCCGCCUUCGUUACUAAACAUGUUUCUCUUGUGGUGGUCACUAACCUGUCACGUAGGAUCCCUUCCAAUCGGAAUGAUCGGAUCAGAAUUAGGUCUAUCGUUUGCCCAGUCUGUCAUGGCUAUUACUACAGGGACAAUGUUUGGAGCCAUAUGUACAGCUUUUUGUGGGUCGUUAGGUCCAAAGCUUGGCCUACGCGCCAUAGCUACAGCUCGAUUUUCCUUCGGCUACUAUGGUACAAAAUUCUGCUCUCUCCUUAAUGUGAUUAUUGGCAUUGGCUACACCACGGUAAAUGUCGUUGUUGUCGGCCAAAUACUUUCGGCUGUUUCGGAUUACAAGAUAAGCAUCAUCGUCGGCUGUGUCAUUAUCAGUAUCCUUGGAUAUCUGGUCUCUCUUUUUGGAUUUAAAAUUAUCCACACCUAUGAAAAGUACUCCUGGAUAUCUAUCUUCAUCGUCUUCUGCGUUCUUUAUAGCCAAGUUGGGCACAUGGUUGAUUUGUCUUAUCCUGCAACCUCAAAAGGCCUUGCUCACACGGGUGCCUUCUUGAGCUUUCUCGCCAUCAACUUUUCCUCGUCUGCCACCUGGUCCUGUAUAGCUGCCGAUUAUUACUGCAAUUAUCCGGCAACUACUCCCUCAUGGAAAAUAUGGACCCUUACCUAUUUGGGAAUUGUUAUCCCGACCGUAUUUGCCAAUGUUCUAGGGGCUUGUCUGGGUAAUAUUGCUUUCAAUAUCACUUCGGUCUCUGAUGCCAAGGUCCACACUUACGCAUACCCAGCGCUCGCAGAAUCCUACCAAGAACACGGGCUUGGUGGAAUACUACGUGAAUCUUAUCAUCCCCUGUGGCUUAGCAAGAUUGUUCUCGUCCUGCUCGUUUUUUCUGUCCUCGGAAACAAUGUGGCCACGAAUUAUUCGGUUGGCUUAUCACUGCAACUUAUGGGGGCUUAUUUCCACGCCGUACCGCGCUUUAUCUGGUCGCUACUAAUCGCAUUUGUAGCUAUGGUUAUUGCCACAGCUGGUCGUGAGAGUUUAUCAACUAUGGUGAUCAACUUUGUCAGUAUGUUAGGUUAUUGGAGCAUCUGCUUUACCUUUAUUUUGGCCCUUGAAGACAAAGUAUUUCGGCGAAAGUCUGGAUAUGACCUAGAGUCAUGGAAUGUUCCUUCAAAGCUACCAUGGGGCAUCGCAGCCAUGACAGCCCUAUUAAUAGGCUACUUAGGUGGCGCCGUGACAGGAAUGGCACAGAGCUGGUAUAUUGGACCAAUUGCUAGAAUAUUCGGCAGUCAUGGAGGUGACGUCGGUAUCUACCUCACUGGCAUUCUCACUGCAGCUGUUUAUCUACCAGCCCGCUGGUACGAAUUUAAAAUCUCUCACCGGUAG